AGGACUUGCGUAUUAUGGUGACAUACUAUGCCACAAUGAGUAAAAUGUAAAGAAUAAAUGUAUUUCUUUUUGGAGUCAGUGUAACUGCAGCGCCCCCUGCUGGUGGAAUCUGAUCACAUCAUAACAUCAUCGCAUGUUGGUGUUGCUAUAGCAACAUUAUGUUUGGUAGAGACUUCUGAAACAUUGCCCCUCUUUCCGUGUUGAAUGCGCAGCAUAUGAAAUGCCACCCAAAAGCAAAGGCUCAAGUAAAAAGCCUGCAAAAGCCAGGACGCCCACACUGAUAAAUGGCCUCACCAAAGAGGAGAUGUCCAAGGAGCAGAUGGAAGAGCACAUUGUGAGCCUCCGAGAGGAGCUGGACAGAGAGAGGGAGGAGAGAAACUACUUUCAGCUGGAGAGGGACAAGAUCCACACCUUUUGGGAGAUCAAAGACAGAGAACUGGAGGAGAUCAAGGCUGAAUGUAAAAACCUUGACAAGGAGAUCGAAGAGGAUGAGGGACGCCACCAAGUAGAGAUCAAGGUGUAUAAGCAGAAGAUGAAGCAUCUCCUGUGUGAGCACCAGAACACGAUCUGUGAGUUGAAAGCAGAUGGUGAACUCUCCAUUCAGGUACUGCAGAAAGAGCAACAACAACUAGAGAGUCAGCUUCAUAAUGACAUGAAGGCCAAAAUGGUCGACAUACAGGAGCUCGACAUUGAAAACCUAAUCAAGGAGCUUGAACUGAAACACAAAGAAAAAAUGACUGAAGCAAGGAACAGCUGGGAGAAGCAACUCACAGAAAGAACAGCCAAGUGUGAGGAAAGGACGGAGCUACUGACACAAGAGCAAGUCAACAUGACGAAAUAUGCGACCAGUGAGAGGGAACAUUUUUUGAGCAGCCACAUCAACGAUCUCACAGAAGUCCACAACAAUGCUUUAAGUGAUGCUAAGGCAUUUAUUGAUGCCAUACAAGAUGAUUUGGAUGUUAACGAUGAUCUCAAGUAUAGAAGAAAAGCCGUACAUGAUAAACUGCAGGAGAUAAAAAAGGACCUGGCCUGUCGUCUGGAGGAAAACAAAAAACUUGCUUUGGAUGUCAAAGAAGUGGAAGAGGAAAAUGCUAUAGCUGAGAAAAAAAUGAAACACUUCACCCCUGAAAAGGAUAUGAAAGAAAAAGUCCUGCGUAAGAAGCUGAAUGAUCUGAAAUCGGAUCAUGAGACACUGGAACUGAAAUUCAGCGAGCUUCAGCUGCAAAGGGACGAGCUGUACAAGUCGUUCCCUCAGAAUAUUCAGAAGGUGCAGCACUUAGCAGGUAUGAAGAACACGCUGCUUGGCAGGAAGCUGCAGGGCCUGACUGACGGCCUGGAGAAUACGCAGGCUCAGCUUUCCUCUGUGCUUUCUGCGUCUAACGUGGACCAGACUGCCCUUUCUGGGAUCACUAAGAAACUUGAGGAAAAUUUUGACUUCAGUAAUAAUUCUAUCAAGAACUUGCAGUAUAAAAGAGCUCAGAUUUCCCAGGCCCGUAAGGAAUUACUGCUGACCUACGAAGCACAGCAAUGAGCUCUCUGUGUCCCUGUGGAGGAGCUUUACAUAAAGCACUGUGCGAGUAGUCUUGCUGGGAAAAGCCUGCAACAGGACUCAGAUCUUGUAACAUGAUAUAUUUUUUCUCUCUCACAUAUUUUGUUUGGCAUCUUGUAAUUAAAGUGAAUUGGAAGUUCAGACUAAA